AUGGAUAAAAACCACGGGAGGAAACUCUUCUGUUGGCAUGCCUUUGGCCAAUCCCAUCCAUGUACUGGGUACGAAUCACUGGUUAAUGAAUUCGUAGACGUGUGUGGAGGGUUACCUCUGUCUCUCCAGGUUCUCGGCCGGCAUGUUCAUGGUAGAGCUCACAGUUAUUGGAGGUCAAAAUUGAUUAAAGCUAGAAUGAUGCUGCCUCGAGAUGUAAAGCAAAGAUUGAAAAUAAGCUUUGAGGCAUUGGAUGAUGAACAAAAACAGGUUUUCAUGGAUAUUGCCUGUUUUUUUGUGGGCAUAUCAAAGGGUACGGCCGAAAGAGUAUGGGAGGCAUCAGGAUGGAAUGCUCAACAUGCACUGGAGACAGUCAAAGAUAAAUGCCUUGUGGAAGAAAUCAACGAGAUUCGGGGAGAUGUAAUUUUAUUGAGAAUGCAUGACCACCUGAGGGACUUGGGAAGAGAAAUGGCACUUGAGCUCAGCCCUCCCCAACGCCUGUGGCGUCCUCAAGAUCUGAAAUCUUCGGCCAAUCAGAUAAUUGUGUUGAGACGUCAGCUUCCUUGCUAUGGCUCAAGCUCGAGGGCAAUUCCACGGAACAAUCAAGCACCUUCCCGCUUGAAAGAGCUGCUGAUUUAUGAAAACUCUUUGAAAGAGUUUCCAGAUUUAUCAGGAAUUUCAGAUAGUUUAGAAAAUGGAUUUUUUGAAAGCCUUGAAAAGCUUGGGAUUAGCGGUGAAUAUUUAAUGUCCAAGAUAUUAAUUAGUGGAAUUCACUAUCCCAGCCUUGACUCGAUCACACUUGAAUACAUGGGAAAUCUUAUGGAAGUGAAUUUAAGAAGUGUAAAUAGCUUAAAGUCACUUACUAUUCUAUAUUGUAAUAAACUCACAAGAUUGAUAGGAACAUCUCAUCUUACAAAUCUUGUCGUAUUAAGGAUUACUCAAUGUCCAGACCUUGAGGAGCUAAGGCUUGCUCAUCCGAGCUGUCUUGAAAGGAUCAAAAUCGGGUACUGUAGAAAGUUGAAAAGUGUGCUGGGAAUAUCUUAUCUUCUGAAGCUUGUAGAACUGGAUAUUUAUUAUUGUGAGAAGCUAGAGUUCGAUCACUUGAGUCUCUCUGGUAUGAAAUGUCUCGAGAGGAUGACAUUUGAUAAAUAUGUAAAGGUGAAAUAUAUUGAAUUAGAUAGCUGUCAAAAUUUCAAAACAAUACAGUUUGGUUAUGAAGAGCUUGUUGAAUUAAGCAUUCAGGGCUGUCCGGAGCUUGAGCUUGAGCCAGUUUUCAGAGGUCCAAGUUGCCUGGAAAAGAUUAUAAUUGAUGGAUGCAGAGAGUUCAAAUAUCUUCAAUUGGAUGCUUGUCAAAAUUUGAAAACAAUACAAUUUGGCUGUGAAGAACUUGUAGAAUUAAACAUUCGGGGCUGUCCGGAGCUUGAAGAAUUGACAGUUUUUAGAGGCCCGAAUUGUCUGGAGAGAAUUAUGAUUGAUGGAUGUGGAAAGCUCAAAUUUCUUCAAGUGGAUUGUGAUCAAAUUUCAAAAAGUGUGUUAGGAAUAUCUAAUCUUGCAAAGCUUGUAGAAUUGGAAAUCUGUGGUUGUGGGAAGCAUGAGUUUGAUCACUUGUGUCUCAGUGGGUCUGAAUUUGGCUGUGAAGAGCUGGUAGAAUUUAGCAUUCGAGGCUGUCCGGAGCUUGAAGAAUUGCCAGUUUUUAGAGGCCCAUGUUUAUUGGAGAGGAUUAUAAUUGAUGGAUGUGAAAAGCUGAAAUGUCUUCAAGUGGAUGAUUGUCAAAAUUUGAAAACAAUACAGUUUGGCUGUGAAGAGCUUCUACAAUUUAACAUUCGAGGCUGUCCGCAGCUCAAAGAAUUGCCAGUUUUUAGGGGCCCGAGUUUCAUGGAGAGGAUUAUAAUUGAUACAUGUGAAAAUCUGAAAUGUCUUCAAGUGGAUGAUUGUCAAAAUUUGAAAACAUUACAGUUUGGCUGUGAAGAACUUGUAGCAUUAAGCAUUCAGGGCUGUCCGGAGCUUGAAGAAUUGCCAGUUUUUAGAGGGCCGAGUUUCUUGGAGAGGAUUAUAAUUGAUGGAUGUAAAAAGCUAAAAUAUCUUAAAGUGGAUGAUUGUCGAAAUUUGAAAACAAUACAGUUUGGCUGUGAGGAGCUUGUAGCAUUAAGCAUUCAGGGCUGUCCGGAGCUUGAAGAGUUGCUCAUUUUUAGAGUGCCAAGUUGCUUAGAGAGGAUUAUAAUCGAUGGAUGUGAAAAGCUCAAAUGUCUUCAAGUGGAUGGUUUUCAGAUUUUGAAAAGUGUGUGCAGAAUGUGUAAGCUUGUAGAAUUGGAAAUUUGUAGUUGUGGGAAGCAAGAGUUUGAUCGCUUGUGUCUCCGUGGUCUGAAGUGUCUUGAGAGGAUUAAAUUUGAUACACAUGUUAAGGUGAAAUAUUUUGAAUUCGAUGAUUGUCAAAAUUUGAAAACAGUGCAGUUUGGUUGCGAAGAGCUUGUAGAAUUAAACAUUCGGGGCUGUCCGAUGCUAGAGGAGUUGCCAGAUUUUAGAGGCCCAGGUUGCCUGGAAAGGAUUGUAAUUGAUGGAUGUGGAAAGCUGAAACGUCUUCAAGUGGAUGGUUAUCAAAAUUUGAAAAGUGUGUCAGGUAACUUUGGGCUUAGACAGUUGAGUAUUAUUGAUUGUCCUGAGCUUGAGGAGGUGCCACCUCUUGACAGACUGAACUGUUUGAAGAGCAUUAUAAUUCACAACUGUGAGAAGCUGCAGAACAUAUCAUGUGUCAAAGAAUGGCAUGUAUCAAAUUAUAUUAGUUUCUGUUAUUGCAGCAAUGCACUAAUACGGAGUUGCAUUCGUAAGUUGAAGAAUGUGCAGUCAUAUCGUCCUACUGUUUUGAUUGGAAGGGCAGUGGAUGGAGCAGAGUCAACUUUAAAACAGUUCUCGUUUUCUGAAAUUGAAGCCUAUGCACUAACUAGUGUCGACAGGCCAAAAUUGCGUGCAUUCAUUGUAUGCUUUGUGAUAAAGGUCGAUGGCUCUUCUCUGGUAGGGGAUAUAAAUAAAUUUCUCACCAGUAUUUUUCAGUUUGUAUAUCACAUAUCAGCAGGAUUGGGAUGUAGAGUGACAUUACUGCAGGAGAUGGUUCCCAUGCCUUGGGAUAUUUGGGCAGAGGUGGAAGAUGCAGGGAUGGAUGUGGAGUACAGUGCAUAUUGGGCAGAACAUCUAUUUCCAUGGCUGGUGGAUCAAGGGGAGUCGAUAGAGGGGGAUGGUGGAGAUGAUAGAGAUGAUAGUGGAGAUGGUGGAGGCAAAGGACUACAACAAAGGUGGGGCAUAGUGGCAGAGAGGAGAGCGGCUCAUAGGAGAGAUGAAGGAGAGAAGAGGUAG